AUGAUAAAGAAGAAAAUUUCUAAAUUUACCCCAUAUGAUAGGGUAUUGGAUGGGUUAGAAUAGGAAGAACUUAUUGAUGAAGACAUUAAUAUGAAAAUCAUAAAAGUUUAUAAUAGAAAGAAAAAUAAUAAAAUGUUUCUGUUGGAAAGAUUAAUCUCGAACGAAAAAGAACAUUUAAAGUACAUAGAUGAAAUACACAAAUAUGAAUUCAUUAAUUCUGAUGGAUUAUUAUGCAUAGAAAAAUGGACAUAUGACAUGUUGAUUGAUUAAAAUUUAAACAAAUUAUACAAAUUUAUUUUAGUGUUUGACACCUAUUCAUAGAAUUUAAAUUAAUAUCUGGAGAACAUAUAAUCAAAAAAAAUAUAAUUAUUGAAAGAAGACAUUGUUGUAUUCUUUAGGGCAAUAAUCUUAUCCAUAAAUUACUUGCAAUAACAAUAAAUAGUAACUUUUAAUCCUGUGACAAUGUCUUGCAUUUUGAUUUGUUCAGAUACAUGUAUGAAAUUUAAUUGCAUCCCAAUAUUAUUAACCUAACAUUCCUUAGAAAAAGCAAAGAAGGAAAGCUUACUAUAUCAGGCACCUGAAUAAGUAAAGGAUUAUAAAAAUAUUACUCACAUCUACUCUCAAGCUGUUUAUUCUUUGGGACUAAUAUUUAUAUAGCUCUUUUUAUUAAGACACAUAGAUUAAUUAAGGAAAUUUGAAGAUAUCAAAUAAAGUAUCAAAGAAAUCUAAUUGAAAUAUGGAGACACCUAUAAAUCCUAUUUAGAAAGCAUGGUGGAACAAGAUCCACACAAAAGAAUUAAAUUAUACGAACUAUGCUAAACACUAUCAAUUUAGGAACCGCAAAAAUUGAUAAAGGACAACUUAAAAAUAACAUUUUCAGAGACCUUUGAAUAUUAUCGAAAGUAAUAUUCUAUACUGAACGUACCUGAAGCUCGAUCUAUUGCAUAUGGAAUUCCUUGGACCAGAAAUAUUUUAUAAUCAAAUUUGUUUAAAAUGAAAAAUUACUUCCUAGAGCUACUAGAUCUGUCAUAAUCAUAAUAGAUUUCGGAAUAGGCUGUGACAAUAAUAUUUUAAUAGUUUCGAGCUUUUGUAAUAGGGGGAAUGAAUUGUCACUUAGUUUAUGAAUUAGAUGACGAGAUACCAGCUUUAAAAGAAAUGGGGUUUCGGAUAUGUUAUAUAGAGAAUAAUUAGCUGCUGUACAUUUGUUCUGGGUAUAGUGAUUAACUAUUGACCGCUAACACCUUUUGUUACAAUAUCCAAACUUAGAAGUGGACCAAAUUAAGUGAUUGCUAGAAGCCAGGAAUAGGAUGCACUUUGGUUUGUUAUAAUAAUUAAAGUAUUUUCAAAUAUGGGGGAGUUGAAAUCAAUAACAAAUCUCUCAAUUAUGUUGAAGAGCUUAAAAAUAAUGAAUGGCAACUUAUAAAUUUUAAAAAACCUCACUUUAUAUUACCCAGCUUUAGUUUUGCAUAAUAGGUAAAUCCAACAUAGAUUUUUAUUGUUGGAGGAUAUUUUGAUAAAGUACCUAACACAAAGGUCAUAGUAAUGAAUAUUGAUACUUAAGCUCAUCACAUAGAUUCAAGAAAAGAAUAAACAUAUGUUGAAUUCAUUAUGAAUGAAUUUUUAGACUAUGGAAAAUAUGGCCCUGUGGAAGCAAUGCAAAUAAGCACCAAUUAGUUAUUUUUGUUAUAAAAAAGAAAUGAGAAGUAACAAUACUUAACUGUAUAAGAUUAAGCUGGAUUUGUGGAGUUGCGAAAGAUACAUAUUUGA